ACAAGCAACUACUGGGGAUUUUCUUCCAACUGUCAGCUAACGCAUGUAAAACUUACUGCACACCUGCAGAACGGAACAAUGUCCUCCGGAGGUCCAAGUGGCGACUCCAGAUCGAAACUUAAUCAGGAAAACAUCAAAUUAAAGCAGGAUCUUGAAGAUUUGAAGUCUCAAUAUCAGCAGCUGCUUAAUGAAGGCAGCGGAGAGAAGUAUGAUGAGAAGCGGGUGAAUUUAUUAAAGGCGCAAGUGAUGCAGCUAGAAAGACAGGUAAUACUUCUUGCAGAGGGGCUAAGUUCUCAAGCAUCACGAAAUCUGGAAGUUGAAAACUUACUACAGUCAUUCAAUGACAAGAUAAGUUUACUAAUAAGUCAUGAGAAUCAGUCCACAGAAAUUGCUGUGUCACGUUCUGAACUGAAAGAGUUGUCGGACUUGUGUGGCAAAAUCAGGCAGAGAUUACACAGGAACAACAAGGUAGCUAACUUAGAAAACUUGUCGAUGCCCUGGCUAAUUCCUGGGAAAGAUUUUACUAAACAGGAAGUGACCUUGUUGGAGCUUUGCUAUGGGAAAGUGAACAACUUGAAUCUGCAAAAAGUUAGUGCCUUGGAAUCAAAGCUCACCCGACUGUAUGGACAGCUGUGUGGAAUGAAGGAAACUGUGAGUUUUUUACUUGCACCUGGACCAGACCCUCCGGAACAAGCCAGACACGUCCUGAUGCCUUCGGCAUAUGCCAGAUUGCUCAACCAGCUGAACUGCUGCAGCAAGGCGCUAGAGGACUCCUGCUUAGAUCUUUUAACUUUAUCUCUUAUAGUCCCCUCUGCCCCUUGGGCAAGAACAGAGCAGCAGGUGAUCCAGGAAUUGACUGUGGAGAGUGUGCUUUCAGUGCUGCCUGCUGUCCCCAAAGGAGCCCCUCAACAGCGGGCAAAAAGAGCUGCCGAGGCACUGGUUAAAACUGCAAAUUAUUCCCGGCUGAUGGCAUUGCAGCAGGUGCAAGCAUUAGAAGCUGAGCUCGAGUUCCACAGAAGCAUGUACAGCUUCCAAAUCAAAUAUACUGAAGAUCUAAUCCAAGGCAUUCGAAAGGCCUAUAGGACUUUUCAGAAAGAUGUAGCUGAGACUCUUUGUUCGCCAUUAGAAGAUGUACUUUUGUCAUAUUCUAGUCUGAAAAUAACAACUUCAGAAUCUGCACUUCGAGACUUUCUAACAGCUUUUAAAAAUCGAUCAGAACAAAUCCAGGACGCAGUGGAAGCCCUAAAGCCAUCAAAUAAUGAAGGUGAUGAAGCUCUUUCUAAGUUUGGUAAGCAGUUCUUCAGUUCUCUAGAGCAACUGCUUAAGGAAUGUUCUGAACAGAGGGACAGAGCAUCUUGGGAACUGCAAACAUUAAAGGCAGAGUACGACCAAGCCUGUGAAAACCUUUCUGCUCUAACAAAGGAACGUAAGGAGAGAAGCACUGAUUCUAGCCAUCAUUCCCAAAAAUCAGAGGCUGGAAGUACCGAAGGAGGGGAAGGUGAUAAUCCCACUGCAGUUGAAAAGCCUACAUUAGUAACAACGUCUGCUGGGAGAGAAAGCAUGCCUAAAACUAAGCUGAGCACACUCAGGAUGGCAAAAUUUAUGGACACCAAAGCUCCAGUUUCUGACGACGGCACACUUGGAGAAAGAAAGGUUACACAAGGGCUAUCCCAUCUGAGCAGAGGAAAAAGCCCACACAGGAGCAAAAGUAUGAAGAAUAUUGUGAGACCACCUUGGCAAACCUAAGUACAAGUAUCCUCUUGUUGGAGGAAGAGAGUUUUGCCAUGACCCGUCUUUAAACUAAUAAUUUCUUCAGAUUUUUAUACUUAAACUGAGUUCUUAAUUAUAAUAGCAUUUUGAUGGAACAUUUCAAUCGUUAGAAUGCUGGAGUUUCCAAAGCAGUUGAGCCUCACUUAGUACUGUUGGUAUGAUGUCAUUCAGAGUAUAUGCCUUUUUAAAUUAGCUCCUCCGGCGUCAGCAUACUGACAAGUUUUUAAUUUCUUUUUGAAAAUUCUUAAAUUGCAGUUCACUUGAACAAUUAAGGGCAAUCCAUUUUGGUACUUUUACCCAUUUGCAGUGAAAGAUGUUUCAUUUAUGGGCUACUCCAUCUAGGGACUAUCUAAGUGAUAACUUGACAAUUUGGUAAAAGAACUAAACAAUAUUUUACACUUUGUUUUUUACUUUCUCAACCUGAUCAUGCCAUCCCAAUAUUUAGCUAUGAAAUGUGUUUACCUCAGAGAUGUUUAUUUUACAUUUCUUCAUAGUGGGCCAUCAUGAUUGUAAUAAUCAUACAAAGGUUUAAUUUAAAGCACCUCAAUAUUAUAUUGCAUAUAUAAUAUUAUGCAAAUAUGUUCUUAAAGUAGCCCGUAACCUAUGUGUGGUUUUAUCAGUGUGAAUUGAUUAACUUGAAGGUGUGUUUGUAUGAUAAUUUAAAUAAGGUAAGUGCUUUCAAAAUGGUAAGACUGCACUUUCAUAUACAACAUUGAUGUGUGUGUGUGUUUUGCUAAAAUUGUGUGUUCAUGUAAACCAUUAAAUAGA